UCAAUGUAGUUGCUUAAGUUUUAAAUGGUACGAACGAAUACUUCAUACUGCAAAUAAAAGUUCAAACAUACAUAAAUGAAUAUCUUAUUUAAAAUAGUCCUUUCUUGAAGCCUUGGUGAAAGGCCGUAUGAGGAACUGGAUAUUUCACAUUUAUUUAGAUGUACAGUUUUAAGUUUAGAAGUCACAAGGAAAUACGGAUCCAUUGCAGUACAUAUUUCCAAACCUUGAGAUUAACAUUCAUAAGAAGUGUUAUUACUCCUGAUGAAAUCAGCAUAAAGAACUGUGUCGACAAGUGCGUUGAUUACAAAACUUUAUAUCAGUACUUUUGGUAGCAAAUUUAGAGGUACAUGUAUUCAAUAUCGUCAUGUUGGUGGAUUUGUAAAGUUAUUACUCACUGUAACAUCAAAGUUUUCACCCUGGAUUUAUAGAAAGAAUCUUCAUUGUUGUAAUAGCUAUGCACGAUAAUAUUCCGGAAUAACAGCAGAACCUAUAGAGUAGAGAAGGGUGUACUUAAUACUUCCCAGGUGCAAUGAGUCUACAGUUAGCAUGUGUUGUCUUACUGUUGUCUACAGAAACAAUGGGGGUUAUAGUAGACAUUACAUUGAAUGAACAAAAUAGAGGCAUUGCCGAAGCUGAUCAAAGUUGCCAGGGACUUAUAGAAAAUGAAGGAAAUCACAAAAACGAUAGUUUUUGCACGAGAGUGUGGGAUACAAUAUCUUGUUGGCCUCCUACGAAAUCUGGAAGUAUGGUAACCAUACCCUGUCCAAAUUAUUUUAAUGGCUUCAAUACAAAAAAAUUCGCCAAGAAGUUCUGCACAAUGAACGGAACAUGGUUUUUCCAUCCAAGUUUAAAUGUUACGUGGACUGAUUACAGAGAUUGUCCAUACGUGUCUGCACUAGAAGAGAUACCAGAAUUGAUUAGAAAUCACAUGCCGUACAUCCGUUUAAUGUUUAACAUUGGAUAUGGAAUCUCACUGGUGUCAUUAGUGUUAGCAACAGCAAUAAUGUUAACAUUCAGACGAUUACGAUGUCCUCGGAAUAUAAUCCACAUACACCUGUUUAUCUCCUUUAUACUGAGAGCAUCAAUAUCUUUCAUGAAAGAAAAUUUGUUGGUCAAUGGAACUGGAUUUCCAUCAGAUAUUCGAGAAAUUAAUGGCAAUUUAGAGUUUAUUACCGAAGGAACACAUUGGGUGUGCAAAUUAUUCUUUACAUCAUUUCACUAUAUACUGGCAACAAAUUACAUGUGGAUUCUUGUAGAAGGGUUAUACUUAAACAUGUUAAUUACUGUAGCUGUGUUCUCAGAGAAAAGUGGAAUAAAAUGGUUCACCAUUUUCGGAUGGGUUUCGCCGAUUUUGUUUGUUGGUCCAUGGGUAAUAGUCCGGAUACUACACGAAAAUACAUACUGUUGGAACACUCACACCCGUCCUGGAUAUUUCUGGAUUAUGAGAGGACCAAUUGUUUUAUCUGUAGCUAUAAACUUCAUGAUCUUUUUGAAUAUAAUUAGAGUUUUAUUUACAAAAUUAACUGCAUUCAACUCAUUUGAAACGAAGAAAUUCAGGAGGCUGGCUAAAUCAACAAUGGUAUUGAUUCCAUUAUUUGGCGUGCAUUAUAUUGUGUUUAUAGGAUUACCUGAUAAUGUCAGCAAAGAAGCAGAACUUGUCAAGUUAUACUUUGAAAUGUUCUUGAAUUCAAUACAAGGAUUCGUUGUGACCUUGUUAUUUUGCUUUCUGAAUGGCGAGGUGCAAACUGAAAUAAUAAAAACAUGGAAAAGAUUUAGACUCACGCAUGGUCAUGGUUCACUGAAUGGACAUCGAGAUACAAUGAUGUCAUAUGUUUCACGUGGUAGAGGAUCACUUGCCUCAAAUUCAGUUUCAGAAGCUGAACAGCGAGACACAAGAAAAUCGUCAGAAUAUGAGCUCAAACCAUUAACUAAUAAAAGUGUUCAUUACGAUCCAAAUGAAAAUCAUAAAACAAACGGUCACGUAAAUUGGCAGGAAGAAACUCAGCCAAUGAUUGAGCAUCAUUUAAGUAAUUCAGAACAUCAUAUUAACAGACCAAACGGUUGAAAUAUGUAAUUUGUGUAGUUUAUUGAUUUAUGUGUUCGGCAGCGAAAAAUGAUGUUGCGACAAUAUGCGACAUUUGGGUAUGACAAUCAAGGUUCCUUGACUGAAAUGAACCACAAACCCAGUGACGACUAUACCGACAGAUCGUAUAACAAUGCAGUCUUAAUGAAUAUUGUAGAAAUGUUAGUUUGGUAUCAACAAUUGAAUGGAAGUAAUCGUAUUAUAACCCCUUUCUAGGAGAGAGACUAUAUUGGAAUCAUCUUGUAUGUCCGUCCGUUCGUCCAACAAAUAUUUUAGUCACACUUUUCUCAUGUUUUACUGAACAAAAUGACUUAAUAUUUGGUCAGCAUCUUGACAGUCGUAAGGUUUAACGUUUGAGCUUACGGUCAUCAAACUGUGCUCAGGACUCGGAAAACAAAAUGUGUGAUCAAAACAUCAAAUCUAGUAAUUUGAUUUCUGAAUCUGGGCACGAUAAUCGUACUCAAUAUUUUAUGACCGCAACUCCUGAUCUGACACAUAUCUACUUCCUGAUUGCCGAAACUUUCGAUUUUUUUUAAUAUGUUAAAUGGAAUCAAUAGUUUUUGUCACUCAUUUCUCCACUACUGCUACAUAGAAUGACUUCGUAUCAGCGACUCUUUUCACAAAAAUUCUUACGACUAAAAUUGAUCGUAAGUUAUACUGAAAUGUGUAUGACUUACGAGUAUUUUUACUCUUAAGAUUUUUUGUGAAAAGAGCCGCUGGUCUACAUCUUGCCAGUGAUUACUUGUAACGUGUAAUCGCUUUUAUGAUCUGACAUAUACACUUCCUGUUUCCGAUACUUUGAAUGACGGGUGGGAGAAUAAUUACCACGACAACGCUGUCAACUUCUUCUUUAUUUUUAUCAUCAGUUUUUCUAAAAACACCCGAAUUAAAUCUAUCUUCAUAAAUUUUUGUUAUCCAAAAUUGUGAUAUUAAGGAUUCUCUAAAACCGUUAUUCUUGCGCUCAAGUGCUAGGUUUUGAAUUGAGAUUUCUAUUUAUUUUGAUGUAUAUCGCAGUGAAUUAACACUUUUUGUCGUGAUCCGCAUUCUGUGCACAAUAUUGGUACCAUGUAAUGUUGUUGACACAUGGGGAACAUUUCUCCGUAAAUAUUUAAAGUUUUCCAUGUCUUGUUUAUCGUCUAGCACCCGAAUUAAAUAUAUCUUCAUAUAUUUUUGUUAUCCAAAAUUGUGAUAUUAAGGAUUCUCUAAAACCGUUAUUCUUGCGCUCAAGUGCUAGGUUUUGAAUUGAGAUUUCUAUUUAUUUUGAUUUAUAUCGCAGUGAAUUAACACUUUGUGUCGUGAUCCGCAUUCUGUGUAUAAUAUUGGUACCAUGUAAUGUUGUUGACACAUGGGGAAAAUUUCUCCGUAAAUAUUUAAAGUUUUCCAUGUCUUGUUUAUCGUCUAGCAAUGAUCAUUUUAAGCGAAAACCAGAUACAAAAAAAUAUAAAAUGCGUUGAUUUUAUUUUCAUGUAACUAUAUAUUAUCGUAUCAUGAGGAAUCAUUUUGGCGAUGUACAAUAAUUCAGUUAAGAAAAAAAUAUUAAAUUCUAAAGAUCACGAGAAAUAUUUUGAAAUGAUUUAUUCGUGUAGAUUUAUACUAAACAAUUAUAUAAAUACUUAAUUUAUUAUGAAUCAUGAUAGUCACUUUGCGCAAAUUGGAGUUUCUUUUUAAAAACUCAAUUUUUAUACCGUAAUGUCCUUGACUAGUCUGAACAGUUUGGAAUUCGGAUAAUUAUACCCGAAAUAAAUAAUAAUAAAGUCACUUUUAGAAUACGGAUUGAAAAUGUUCAAUUUUAAGUAAAUCCGGUUUCUUUGUUGUUAAAAAAACUAAAAUCAAGACAAAACUGUGAAAACCCCUUAUUCAAUAGAGCUAAUACCCUAAGGGAUACAUUUUUAUAUUUCCUUAUUCAUUGUAUAGUGUUUUACUUGCAUAUCCUUUAAUUUACAUGUAGUUGAUGUUAGAAUAUUCUAUAUGUCUUACGUUUUCCACGUUUUAAGUUUCUUUAUUGAAGUUUUUUUAAGGAAAUUUUUGAAUUGAAAAAAACAAUAUUGAAAGAUGCAGAAGUGUUUACUGCAACUUAAAACAUUUCAUGUUCCAAAACGAUAACAUACAAAUUAUAGUUUGACAAAAUACAGAAAUUUUAUACAUUUCUUUUAUCAUAAAUUGACUGUCCUUUAUAUUGUAAAUAAAUCCAUAAAUUCACCAAAAAGCAAGUUUCAUAAUUUCAGCAUGUUGAUAGAGAUGCAAAUUAAUACAAACAUGAUAUGCAUGUAAUAUAAAAUGCACAAGUGUGAUUAUUUUUACCAAAGGUUAGGAUUGAGGCUUAAAACUGAGCGAGUUGAUUACACAAAAAGGCACUCUUCAUCAUAGCCUUUACUUUGAAGAUUAUUCCAAAAUUGUCAAGUUCAGUAAACAGAGAAUAAGUCAUUAUCCUAAACGUAUGUCAUGUCGUAAGAUGCAUAGUUACUAUAUAUGUGUAAAAAUGUGAGAAGUACGCAGGAAGAAAGCUUUAAAAGAAAGCAUUAAUUAUGCAAAAUAGGAAACCAUUUUCGGUUCUCAUUUCACGCCAGCCAUUAUACGAUAACCCUGGACAAUCAGGUAAGUAUUUUAUGAUCACAUUUCAUGCUACCAACUUUUUAAAUGACAAUAACAUUAUUUAUAGCGAACCUGUAAGCAGAUUGUCUACCGACAAAAGAACUACAAAUGUAACAAUUAGAAUAAAGGUCUUAUAUAGGUAACUGGCUGCCUACUGGCAGUCAACAUUAUCGUUUUGAAUAUGAUUAUAUAGAUACCUUUCCAAAAUCAAACUACGAAGUUUCCUGGAUCUCAUCCUACAAUCAUCAUUCCAGGAUACUUUUAUUGAAAGUGUAGCGUAUCAGUCCUAUUUUCAUUUUGUGAUAUUGUUUUAUUUUUUUAUUUGUAUUUAUGUACUGGUAUACACUGUUUUGAAUUUAGAAACUAAAUACAUUUUGAAUGAAUAAUUGUGUAUUUUACUGUUUCGUUGAUUACCAAAAAAAUGAAUAUCAAACCAAAUAGAAAUGAACCGAUGCUGGGUAUUGCAUUACACACUUUGCAUCAAUUAAAGUUUCUCAGUCAAGGG